UUCUUGAAUAAAAUGCAAAAAAAUUCCAACACAUUUUUUUCUCAUAAGAACAGGGCUAGUAAAUAUCUCCAAAGCUCAUUCCCCACUACUUUCUCUAGUAUACACGGGAAUAUUUUUUCAUCAAGAACCUAUACUAAUAUGUAUAAUGCCUCGAAUAUUUCAUCUGAUCAGUAAUUCAGUUUUCUUAUCUUCUGUGAUACGUCUCAAUGUAUAAAUUUCGAUUUCCUGAUACGAGUAAAUUAUUAUUUUUCUUCACAUUGGAUUAGUAUGAGUAUGUUGAACUUUGAAACGAGCAUGCCCAAGCAUUUUUUAUGAAGAGGUACAUUCCCAGUAAACUUUGGAAAAUAUCAAAAGAAAUAUGAAAAAUCCUGUCGACAAUUCGUAUAAUCGAACCAAUAAUGAAAUCACUAAAACUGCUUCCUGGGUUUCUUUUCUUACUCUCCUACAUCACCACUGAUCUGGUCGCAAGCUGCACCACCUCAGACUGUCCCUCAUCAUCAGACUUCAUCCAACUGCGAAAUGAACCGUAUUUCAUCGACAAAACCGACUUCAUAAAACAUUUCUUCGAAGAUGAUUGGCACAGCUAUACUUUCAUCAGCACCCCUCGAGGAUUCUGUAAAACCACUAAUUUACAAAUGAUCCAGCUAUUCGCCGGAAUCGAGUUAGAUGAGAACCGCAACAUCAAAGAUCCUGCAGACACCAAAGCUUACGAAACGUUCGAAAAUCUGACAAUUUUCGACAACACUCAAAUCGUCAACGAUCACCUGGCCAAAUACGUAAUAAUCCACUUGGACUUGAAAAGCGAUACUUUGUUUUCAAAGUACACAAACGAAACAGCCGUUCAAUUUUUAGGUUAUAAAUUGUACAAGAUCUUCGAGCCGUACAAAUGGUUGUUGGAUUUACCCCAGGAUGAGCUUUUGAAACGUGAACGCUACAGGGGGUUUUUGAUACUCGAAGAAGAUAUAAAUUUUAUGACGAAUCUAUCGUCUCAGGUACCUUGCGACGAACAAGAGAUUAUUUCAAGUUUACACAGGAUCGCUUAUAUUUUAAUGGUGUAUUUUCAAAGAGAGGUUAUAAUCUUGGUCGAUAAUUACGACAGUGUUUUAAGCCAAUCGAAUUCCAUCACUAAAGAAGGCGUAUUGGAUUUUUACGGCAUUAUCGGUGAAAUGAUUCGUAAAGCUUUGACACAACCAGUGACUGUUUACGGAUUGGUAACCUCGGUCAGCGGGUUGAUUUUACCCAAGAUACGAAAAACCAUAAAUCGAGCCACACAUUACAGAUUCUUGGGCGAGCACAGACUCAACGAGUAUUUUGGUUUUACCGAAACCGACGUGACUGAUUUAAUUACCAGAUACGAUUUACCACAAGCCAGAGUUUCGGAAUUAAACUCCGUUUACGGAGGGUACCAAUCGGUAGACGAUCUGACUCUAUUUCAUCCCGAAUCGAUUGUUAAAUAUGUGCAAGAUUCCGAAGCUAAUCAAAAUUAUAGAAUGAAUUGGCGCCUAUCGGAUGAAGAUAAUUUUGUCAAAUCUGUGCUUAGAGAUAGGUUGCUGAGACAAAUUCUUGAAAACGUGGUUGAUAAAUUAACUUGUCGAUUCACGUACGCUGAAUGUUACGAGGAUUACGAAGAUUUGGAAAGCUUUUUCGAUAUCAGGUUACCGAUUCAAUUUGAUAAAAUGUAUCAGGAUAUAUCGCUGAGUUAUAUUCACGAUCAUGGUUAUUUGACUUGGACAAGGGUACAGGAUGAAUUCAUCGCUCCUAAUUCGCAAGCGAGAUAUUCCCUGAGAAAAAUACUGGAAAGUUUUGCUUAUGGACCCGUAUUUUAAAUUAAACGUAGGUAAUGCGAAUGGUGUAAUUAGAGAAGAUAUAUGCAAAAUUUAACCAUCGAUUGCAUAAAAGUCAGUCAAGGUUUAAACACAGUCAUAUUGUUCAUUUGGAUAUUAAUUUUAGAAAUAACAUAAAGAGCCAAGAGGGUAUGUACAUUUGCAUUUCAAUAGAAAUUUCGUCAAUGAGGAAAACAUUUUUUGAACGAGUAAUCUGAGGUUGAAAUUAAAAAAAUCUUUUGAUGGUUUUAGAGGGGAAGGGGGAGAAAUUCAUACUUUUACUCCGACUUUGGUGUUUUGUAAUGUUAAUUAUCUGAAUUUUUCACAAGUAGGUACCUAGUAUGAAAAUUCAUCGAAGUUUGUUCAAUUGAAGAUAGGUAACGCAGAGAAUGACGAGAUGAAAUGAUUUUAUUUUUUCAAGUCGAAAUGACAUUUUAACAAUUUGAUAACCUAGAUGAAUUGAUACGUAAUAAAGAUGAAAUUAUUUGUUUUCAUUAUUC